GCUGCCGCCAUUUUGAUCUCCCUGGCCGCCGGAGAAGGGCAUAGCGCGGCUUUUAGGAGAUAGGCAAAACAUCUGUGCCUGAAUAAAAUACAAGCAAGUUAGAAACAGAGAGAGCAACAUGUUGCCCAGGCUGGUGUACGUUUCGGCUUCUGCCUUUAAGGGAAGCAGUGCACUAGGUGCUGGUGUUCUCCACGCUUCCCGUUCUUUACAUACCAGUCAGCAGAGCUUGGCACCUCUCCCUCAACUGCCUGAGAAAGGAGGCAAAGUACGUUAUGGACUGAUUCCUGAGGAGCUUUUCCAGUUUCUGUACCCCAAAACAGGAGUAACAGGUCCCUAUAUGCUGGGAACUGGUCUCCUGACCUACUUGCUUUCUAAGGAAAUUUACGUAAUUAAUCAUGAAACUGUUGCUGCUGCAUCCAUUGGAAUAAUCAUCAUUUAUGGAAUUAAAAAAUAUGGACCUUCUGUGGCUGCUUUUAUUGAUAAACUAAAUGAGGAGAAAGUGGCCAAAGCUCAGGAAGUAAAGGAUACAGCAAUGAAGUGUUUGGAGCAAGCAGUACAAAAUGAGAAGAAAGAGCAGUGGAGGGUUGAUGGCAGACAUAUGUUGUUUGAUGCCAAGAGGAAUAAUGUGGCAAUGCUACUGGAGAUCAACUUCAGAGAGAGGCUACAUAUGGUUACUAAUGAGGUAAAGAAGCGGUUAGACUACCAAAUUGAUGCCCAGAAUUUAAAGAAAAGGAUGGAGCAGGAACAUAUGAUCAACUGGGUAGAGAAAAAUGUCGUCCGAAGUAUUACACCUCAGCAGGAGAAGGAGAGCAUUGCAAAAUGCAUUUCAGACUUGAAAAUAUUAGCCAAGGCUACACAGGCCCGAGCUACAGUUUAACAUCUUAAAGUCCUAUAGUGCAGAAGACAUCUUGUGACAUAUUUUGAAUGUCUAUGUAAUUAUUAAAGAUAUUUGCUCUUAAAAUUA